UUUAUAACUUAUUUAUAUUCUAGUCUGGACUCUAGAGACAGCUACAAUUUUAUUGUUUCUUGACGCGCACAUCUCCGUCACCGAUCGCCGUUCGCCGGUUACCACCGCCGCCAUACAACUCCGGUCCGGCCAACCUUCCGCCAGAUCCCUUCAGAUCAGAUUAUUUAUGGACGCAUAGCAAUAACGUGAAUACGUGAUACAGGAUAUAUAUUCAAGCAAUGGGGACUGAAAAUCCUAACCGUCCAAAUUUUCAUCAAGGGCCUACUGCUACACCUUUUGCAGCUCCUCAAACCAACAUGCCCUUUCCUUCAUCUCGUCCCAUGGUUGGAUCACAGCCCUCUGCUAUCAGGCCAAAUACAUCUCCAUUUUCUACUCCUGGGCCCACGGCUGGAGCUGGGACUCCUGGUUUUAGGCCCAUGCAACCAGGUAGGCCCGCUCCUUCAUAUGGCCCGCCAACUACUGGACCACCCCAGCGUUUCCCAGCUUCACAGUUUCCAUCAUCUCAACCACCCGUUUCACAAACGUCAAAUGUGGGCCAGCCCAUUAUGCCUCCACCAACGAGACCACCACCUCCGGGCCAUGUUCCAUCUGUACCGAUGGGAUCUCCACCCCAAAGCUUGUAUAGUGUUUCUUCCGGUAAUAACCCUCCAUAUUCUGUUUCCGGACCAAACAUCCAGCCACCGCCAUCUUCAACCAGACCGUCUUAUCCUGGCUAUCCGGGUAUACAGGGUAUACAGAGUAGCACAGUAAGUCCACCGCCACCACCGCCAGUUUAUCAACAAGGAGGUUAUGGCCCACCUCAGCCCGCCAUACCUGCUCCCUUUUCUUCUCAUCAAGGUGGUUAUGGACAAGUUCCCGUUCCGCCAGUUGCAUCGUCAACAGGAAUGUAUGCAGGUGGGUCCGCACCGCCUACAGGAGUUAUGUCGGGUUUGGUAGAAGAUUUUAGCUCACUUUCUCUCGGAUCUGCUCCUGGGUCGUUUGAUGGGGGGGUUGAUGCUAAAGCGUUGCCAAGACCACUGGAUGGUGAUGUUGAACCAACGUCUUUUGCUGGGAUGUAUCCCAUGAAUUGUGAUUCUAGAUAUCUAAGACUUACGACUAGUGCUAUACCGAAUUCACAGUCUUUGGUUUCGAGGUGGCAGUUGCCUCUUGGAGCAGUUGUUUGUCCACUGGCAGAACCUCCUGAGGGGGAGGAAGUGCCAGUAGUUAACUUUGCCACAAUGGGUAUCGUUCGUUGUAGAAGAUGUCGUACGUAUGUGAAUCCGUAUGUGACUUUUACUGAUGGUGGGAGAAAGUGGAGGUGCAAUAUAUGUGCUUUACUUAAUGAUGUGCAAAAUGAUUAUUUCGCUCAUUUGGAUGCCACUGGAAAAAGAGUUGAUCUUGAUCAACACCCUGAGCUUACAAAGGGAUCUGUGGAAUUUGUUGCUCCAGCUGAGUAUAUGGUUCGGCCUCCAAUGCCACCAUUAUACUUUUUUAUGAUUGACGUGUCAAUAUCUGCAGUUAAAAGUGGUAUGCUUGAGGUGAUGGCACAAACCAUUAAAUCUUGUUUGGAUAAAUUGCCGGGCAGCCCAAGAACACAAAUUGGGUUCAUAACUUUUGACAGCACAAUUCACUUUUACAAUAUGAAGUCAACUUUGACACAGCCUCAAAUGAUGGUCGUAUCAGAUUUGGAAGAUAUUUUUGUUCCAUUGCCAGAUGAUCUUCUUGUCAACCUGUCAGAAUCCAGACCUGUGGUGGAGGCUUUUCUGGAUAGCUUGCCUUCUAUGUUUCAGGACAAUGUUAAUGUGGAAUCUGCUUUUGGGCCCGCCCUCAAAGCCGCUUAUAUGGUUAUGAGUCAACUUGGAGGGAAAUUGUUAAUUUUCCAGAGCACGCUUCCCUCACUUGGUGUUGGUCGUUUGAAGUUGCGUGGAGACGAUCUUCGUGUUUAUGGAACAGAUAAAGAGCAUACCUUACGAAUACCAGAAGACCCGUUUUAUAAACAGAUGGCUGCUGAUUUCACAAAAUACCAAGUUGCAGUGAAUGUAUAUGCGUUUAGUGACAAGUAUACUGAUAUAGCCUCAUUAGGCACUUUAGCAAAAUACACUGGCGGCCAGGUAUAUUAUUAUCCAAGCUUUCAUUCCGCAAUUCACAGAGACAAGUUGAGACAUGAGUUGUCUAGAGAUCUCACUAGAGAAACUGCAUGGGAAGCUGUAAUGCGCAUCCGAUGUGGGAAAGGAGUGCGUUUCACCUCGUAUCAUGGGAAUUUUAUGCUAAGAUCAACGGAUCUAAUAGCACUUCCCGCAGUUGAUUGUGAUAAAGCUUAUGCAAUGCAGUUUGCUCUUGAAGAGACAUUGCUUACAACGCAGAUUGUGUACUUCCAAGUGGCGUUACUAUACACUGCAUCUUGCGGUGAAAGGCGUAUUAGAGUACACACCGCUGCAGCAUCGGUGGUUGCAGAUUUAGGAGAGAUGUACCGCCAGGCAGAUACUGGUGCUGUUGUUUCUUUGCUUAGUCGGUUAGCAAUCGAGAAAUCAUUAUCAUAUAAACUGGAAGAUGCUCGUAAUGCUGUUCAACAAAAAAUAGUGAAAGCCCUGAAAGAAUAUCGAAAACUAUAUUCAGUGCAGCAUCGUGUAGGAAGCAGGAUGAUCUACCCAGAAUCACUCAAAUAUUUGCCCUUAUAUGGAUUAUCACUAUGUAAAUCAACAGCACUUCGUGGUGGUUAUGCUGAUGCUCAGCUUGAUGAACGUUGUGCAGCAGGCUUCACCAUGAUGGCUUUACCUGUUAAAAAAAUGUUAAAGCUCUUAUAUCCUAGCUUAUUAAGAGUAGACGAGUAUCUUGUCAAGGCGCCUGCUGUGGAUGAUGAAUUUGACAGAGUUUGUAAAAGGCUGCCACUUGUUGCUGAGAGCUUAGAUUCUAGAGGAAUUUAUAUAUUUGAUGACGGCUUUCGUUUUGUUGUGUGGUUUGGCCGCAUGCUUUCACCCGAUUUAGCCAGGAAUCUAGUUGAGGAAGAUCCAGCUACAGAUUUCUCAAGGAAUCAGGUUUGUCUGACUGAACGUAACAAUGAAAUGUCAAGAAAGCUGAUGCGGAUACUAAAGAAACUUAGAGAGGCUGAUAAAUCAUAUUAUCAGUUGUGUCAUCUCGUGAGACAAGGCGAACAACCCCGUGAAGGUUUCUUUCUACUCUUGAAUUUAGUUGAGGACCAGGUUGGUGGUAUGAGCGGUUAUGCUGAUUGGAUGCUUCAGAUACAUCGACAAGUACAACAAUAAUGCAAGAAUAAAUAAGGGAUCUGUAGGCCGUAGAUGCCGGUUUGCUAUUCAUGGAAGAUUUGAGUUGACGAGAAUGCGAUUUUUAACUUUCCGAGAAGUUGGUAUGUUUGAUUCGCCAUGGGAUUUGGUUUCAUUAGGCUAUAGGAUUGUUUCUUGAAUGCAGGUUUCGAGCCAAAGCCGAGCACAGGCCAGUGUAAAACCACCUUUCGUUGAUUUAUGAAUUUUGAUAGAAGAUAAAACGAUGACGUUCUGUUUGACAGACCUAGCAUUUGAAUAUUUGAUAGACUAGUGUUGCUAUUUUUGUUGUGGAACCUUUUGUAAUUUGUUUUUUAUUGUCACAAAAAUGAUUUGUUCUAUAUUACACAUACGUUUUUAUAA